CGCCCCCUCUCGUGCUGUCCCGACAUUGGCAGGAGAGCGCGGCCCCGCGGGGUUUAUUCUCGGCCCCCACACAGAACUGCAGGCUGCCGGCGAUGAAACCGAGUGGGGAACCCAAACGCUGAAAGUGUAGAUCGAGGCGACCCUUUCUGCACUUUACACUCUUUUUUUUUUUUUUUUUUUUUCCCCCCUUCCCACCACAAUGCUGCGCGUGCGCGUGGAGUCCGCGAAGGGGCUUCCGAAGAAGAAGAUUGGAAGUCCGGACCCCAUCACUUCAAUCGUUUUUAAAGAUGAAAAGAAGAAAACUAAAGCGAUCAACAAUGAAGUAAAUCCAGUGUGGAAUGAAACCCUUGAGUUUGAUCUGAAAGGCUCCCCACUGGAUUCGUCCUCCACUAUUGACGUGAUUGUGAAGGACUAUGAAACCAUUGGAAAAGACAAGCCUAUUGGAUCAGCAAAGGUCUCGCUGAAAGAUCUUGCAAGUGGACAAGUCAAGUCCUUCCCUUCAAGGAAUUUACCUCUCCUCAAUGAAAAAAAUCAGGACAUUGGAGCCACAAUCAAUCUGGUCAUUGACUAUGAACCACCAGCAAACUCUUCACCAAACUACAGUGAUCAACAAGACGGUGACACUGCAGCCACUGGAGGGGAUGGAGGUGAUGAGGGGGAUGAAACCAUGCCUGAUGGAGGCCAUGGGGGGUCCCCUGGGGCAGGUGAAGCUGGGGCCUCGAACCAGAGGAUGAUGCGCAAGAACAGAAAAAGGCAACGGCCUUUAGCGAACAAACCUCAGGAUUUUCAGAUCCGUGUCCGAAUUAUCGAGGCCCGUCAGCUGCCGGGGAACAACAUCAAGCCGGUUGUGAAGGUGAACGUCUGUGGACAGACACACAGGACGAGGAUCAAGAGAGGAAAUAAUCCUUUCUAUGAUGAGAUUUUCUUUUACAACGUCCACAUGCUGCCAUCAGAGCUCUUUGAUGAACACAUCAGCAUUCGGGUGUAUGACUCCUUCUCGCUGCGAGCCGACAGCCUCAUGGGGGAGUUCAAGCUGGAUGUCGGCUACAUCUACGAUGAACCAGCUCAUGCCAUCAUGCGGAAAUGGCUGCUCCUGAAUGACCCCGAUGACGCCAGCAUGGGUGCGAAAGGAUACCUCAAAGUCAGCCUGUUUAUUGUGGGAACAGGAGACGAACCUCCGGUGGAGAACAGGGAGCGCAGGGAAGACCAGGAUGAUAUCGAAAGCAAUUUGCUUUUGCCGGCUGGAGUGACAUUGCGAUGGGUCACUUUGACCUUGAAAGUGUUCCGGGCCGAGGACAUUCCACAGAUGGACGACGCCUUUUCCCAGACUGUCAAGGAAGUUUUUGGUGGGGAAGGUGACAGGAAAAAUCUCGUAGAUCCAUUUAUGGAAGUCCAGUUUGCAGGCAAAAAGCUGCGUACCAAAAUAAUUGAGAAAAAUGCAAACCCGGAAUGGAACCAGCUGCUCAACCUUCAAGUCAAGUUCCCAUCUGUGUGCGAGCGGCUCAAACUCAUAGUGUUCGAUUGGGAUCGGCUGACAAGGAACGACGUGGUUGGAACAACUUAUUUAGACCUAACUAAAAUAGCGUCCUCUGGUGGUGAGGUUGAAGACUUUCAGUCAGCUCAUGGGGCUUCUCCAGCACUUGAAGGUAAAACUGGGGAGUCAGAGGUGGGAUUUCUACCUGCCUUUGGUCCUUGCUACAUUAACUUGUAUGGGAGCCCCAGAGAAUUCACAGGUCUUCCAGACCCAUACGAUGAUCUCAAUUAUGGAAAGGGAGAAGGUGUUGCCUACAGAGGAAGAGUUCUGGUUGAACUGUCAACUAAACUUGAUGAGAAGGUGGACAAGAAUGUGGACAAUAUUCCAAAUGAUGACAUUUUGGUGGCUCAGAAGUACCAGCGGCGGAGGAAGUACUGCUUGUGUGCAGUGUUCCACAGCGCCACCAUGCUGCAGGAGACUGGAGAGCCCAUGCAGUUUGAGGUCAGCAUUGGCAACUAUGGCAACAAGUUGGACACGACCUGCAAACCGCUGGCAUCCACCACCCAGUACAGUUGUGCUGUGUUUGACGGUAAUCAAUACUACUACCUUCCCUGGGCCAACACAAAGCCAGUUGUCGUUCUGACAUCUUUUUGGGAGGACAUAAGUCAUCGUUUAGGUGCCGUGAACAUCCUUCUAUAUAUUGUCGAGCGACUGCAAUCUAACAUCACUUCCUUGAAGACCGCCAUGCUGGCGAAGGUCCCAGAAACUCGCCUGGCCGAGAUUUGGCUCAAAUUGAUCAACCAAAUCAUUGAAGACCUCAGCAGCUUGAAGAUGCCGGACCUGGAAGGGAUGCAGAACCUGACACUGCUAGAUAUUCAGAUCAAGAAACUGCGCGAUAGCACGAUCGUGGCCAUUCGGGAGGCGGCUAGGUACAUGUUGGAGAACGCAACCGAUGUCAAGACCACUCUGUCGGACAUUGAGGACUGGCUGGAAAGGCUAAAUCAGCUGGCUGAGGAGCCCCAGAACAGCAUGCCAGAUGUGAUCGUCUGGAUGCUCAGAGGAGAGAAGAGGGUGGCUUAUGCAAGAAUCCCAGCCAACAAGGUGCUGUACUCCACGUACUCCGAACAAGCCUGUGGGCAGUUCUGCGGCAAGACCCAGACCAUCUUGAUGCAGUACCCAAUGGACAAGAAUCAAGGGCUGAAAGUUCCAGUUCAAAUCCGAGUCAAUAUGUGGUUGGGUCUUUCUGCACAUGAAAAGAAGUUCAACAGCUUUGCAGAGGGGACGUUCAGUGUUUUCGCGGAAAUGUAUGAAAACCAAGCACAAGUGUUUGGGAAGUGGGGCACCACUGGACUGGUAGGGCGGCAUAAGUUCUCCGAUGUGACUGGGAAGCUGAAGCUGAAACAGGAAUACUUCCUUCCCCCUAGUGGAUGGGAGUGGGACAAAGAGUGGUUUGUGGAUCCAGAGAAGGGACUGCUGACUGAGGCUGAUGCGGGGCAUUUCGAGUUCACAGACGAGGUCUACCAGAACGAGACCCGCUUCCCUGGAGGGGAAUGGAAGCCUGCUGCAGAGCCGUACACGGACGUGAAUGGAGAGAAAGCCCCAAGUCUUGCUGAGAUUGAGUGCCCCCGUGGCUGGAAAUGGCAGGAUGAUUGGACUGUCGACAUAAAUAGGGCUGUGGAUGAGAAAGGCUGGGAGUACGGGGUCACCAUUCCACCAAACGACAAGCCCUGUUCCUGGGUAUCGGCAGAGAAGAUGUACCACGUUCACCGCCGGAAGAGAAUGAUCCGGCCGCGUAAGAAGGUUGCAGAUGCUGGAGCAGCAGCAGAGAAGAGAGACCAAGGUGACCCGGAGGGCUGGGAGUACUCUUCUCUGAUAGGGUGGAAGUUUCACCGAAAGGAGCGCUCCUCCGACACGUUCCGCCGCAGACGCUGGAGGAGGAGGAUGGCCCCUGCAGACCGCCUUGGAGCAUCUGCCAUCUUUAAACUGGAAGGGGCAGUGGGAAUCGAUGAAGACGCCAAAGACUCCAAAACAGAUGCUUCGAAGAUGUUUGGGGCGAACACUCCCACUGUUUCUUGCUCCUUCGACAGAUCCUACAUGUACCAUCUUAGGGUUUACAUUUACCAGGCCAGAAGCCUUCUUGCUAUGGACAAAGACAGUUUUUCAGAUCCAUAUGCCCAUGUGUCCUUCUUGCACAUGAGCAAAACUACAGAGAUCAUCAAAUCCACUUUGAACCCAACGUGGGAUCAGACCCUCAUCUUCCAAAACUUAGAGAUCUAUGGGGAACCACAGGCUCUUGCUCAUAACCCGCCCAGCAUCAUCCUGGAGUUCUUUGACAGUGACCAAGUGGGUAAAGAUGAGUCGUUGGGUCGCAGCAUGUUCCUUCCCAUGGUGAAGCUGAACCCCAGUACCGCGGUUUCCCCCAAACUGCUCUGGUAUCCCAUCACCAAGAAGGGCAAGGAUGCAGGGGAGGUGCUCCUGGCUGCAGAGAUCAUUCUGAAGGACAAGGGAAGUGAGACGGAGCUUCCCAUUAUCCCUCCCAAAAGGGGUGAGAACCUUUAUAUGGUUCCACAGGGGAUCCGGCCUGUGGUGCAGCUCACAGCCAUUGAGAUACUGGCCUGGGGUUUACGCAACAUGAAGACCUACCAGCUGACGCCGGUCAAUUCGCCCAGCCUGGUGGUGGAGUGUGGAGGGGAGAUCGUCCAGUCGGCCGUCAUCAGGAACAUAAAGAAGAACCCCAAUUUCCCGGGAUCUGUCCUCUUUCUAAAAGUGCUACUUCCCAAGGAGGAGAUGUACACGCCUCCCAUCGUGCUCAAAGUGAUCGACCACAGGCCCUUCGGGAGGAAGCCAGUCGUGGGACAGUGCACCAUUGACUCUUUGGAAGAGUACCGCUGUGAUCCCUAUAUGACCCAGGCUGAUGUGGCCAUGACCUCAAAAGUGGCUUUGAUGGCUGCUGCUCCUCCGCACACCAUCAUCGAUAUGGAAGACAGGAGGUCGCUGCUUGAAGCCCAGACGGAUCAUGGGCUUAAACGUGCUACAGGAACAGCUGAAAAGGAGAAAGAUACUAUUGACUGGUGGAGUAAAUUCCACGCUUCCCUUGGGGAACAUGAGAAGUGUGGCCCAUAUCUGAAGAAGGGUUAUGAUACCCUCAAGAUCUACGAGUGUGAACUUGAGAAUAUGCCCGAGUUCCAGGGACUCACUGACUUCUGUAACACAUUCAAACUGCAAAGAGGCAAGAAUGAAGAUGAUGAUGACGAUCCAGCAGUAGUUGGGGAGUUCAAGGGCUCAUUCAGAGUCUACCCCCUGUCGGACGACCCCAACGUUCCUGCACCUCCAAGGCAGUUCCGAGAACUUCCUGACAGUGGGCCGCAGGAGUGCGUAGUGAGGAUCUACAUCAUCCGAGGACUGGACCUGCAGCCCAAGGACAACAAUGGCCUGUGUGACCCUUACAUUAAAAUCUCCCUGGGAAAGAAGACCAUCGAAGACCGCGAUCACUACUGUCCCAAUACCCUGAACCCAGUGUUUGGAAGAAUGUUUGAGCUCUCCUGCUUCCUGCCCCAAGACAAAGAUCUCAAAAUUUCCAUCUACGAUUAUGAUUUGCUGAGUCGUGACGAAAAGGUCGGGGAGACGAUGAUUGACCUGGAAAACAGAUUUCUAUCCCGCUUUGGUUCCUACUGUGGAGUACCGCAGACGUACUGUGUUUCUGGGGUAAAUCAGUGGCGAGACCAGCACAAACCAUCCCAGAUCCUGCACAGCGUAGCCCGUCUGAAAGGCCUUUCUCCGCCAGUCAUCGCAGACAAUGGAACCACUCUGUCGUUCAGUGGACGGGAGUACAGCCUUUCUGAAUUUGAGGCUAACCAGGAGAUCCAUGAGCACAUGGGCCCGCCCAACGAGAGGAUCGCACUGCAUGUUCUCAGAACGCAGGGCAUGGUGCCAGAGCAUGUUGAGACCAGGACUCUGUACAGCACCUUCCAACCCACGCUCUCUCAGGGGAAGGUACAAAUGUGGGUUGACGUAUUCCCCAAGAGUCUCGGCCUUCCUGGACCUCCAUUUGAUAUCUCGCCACGCAAAGCAAAGAAGCACUACUUGCGUGUUGUUAUUUGGAACACUACAGAUGUCACAUUGGAUGAAACCAGCGUCACAGGGGAGCGCAUGAGUGAUAUCUACGUCAAAGGCUGGAUGACAGGCAUGGAGGAGGACAAGCAGAAGACUGAUGUCCAUUACAGGUCCCUGGAUGGAGAUGGCAAUUUCAAUUGGAGAUUUGUCUUUGGGUUUGACUACCUGCCUGCUGAGCAACUGUGCCUUGUUUCCAAAAAAGAGCACUUUUGGAGUCUUGACAAAACAGAGUUCAGGAUCCCGCCCAAGUUGAUCAUCCAAAUAUGGGACAAUGACAAAUUCUCGUUGGAUGACUAUUUGGGCAAUGUAGAACUGGACCUGUUGGACCUGAUCCCACCAGCCAAAACGUCGGAGAAGUGCCGCUUAGAGAUGCUGGAGAACAAGAGGGGUGGCUUUCCUCACAAAAACAAGGAAGCCACCUCUCUGUUCUCCCAGAAGUCCGUCAAGGGCUGGUGGCCGUGCGUCAUUGAGCAGGAUGGGAAAAAAGUGCUUGCUGGGAAGGUAGAAAUGACCCUGGAAGUAGUGAAUGAGACUGAGUGUGACGAGAAACCUGCUGGGAAAGGCAGGGAUGAACCCAACAUGAACCCAAAGCUGGACCCUCCAAAGCGCCCAGAAACAUCUUUCUUCUGGUUCACAAAUCCAUGCAAGACCAUGAAAUUCAUUGUGUGGCGCAGAUUCAAGUGGAUCUUCAUUGGCCUCAUCAUUCUCAUACUCGUGCUGCUCUUUUUUGGCAUCCUCCUGUACUCGAUACCGAACUAUAUUUCAAUGAAAAUUGUGAAACCGUGAAUUACGCUGACAGAGGAGUGACACAGACUCUGGAUUCUACAGUGGAGACUGGAACACACAUUUUAUACUUUUUUAAAAAAGCAUUUUCUCAGUGUAGACAAAACUUAUACACAUCUGUAUUCAGAAUCUUUUGGCCGUAUUAGGUUAUAACAAUGGAUUUUUUAAAAAAAAAAAUAUGCACAGAAGGUUAGCCAUUAAAGAUUUAAUGACGGAAAAACUGCAGCACACUGUAAUAUCAAACUGUUUGCACAGUACAGUAGAUUAACUAUUUUGCAUCUAUCAUUCAAAUGUAUUUUUGUGUCUAUGGUGUUUUAAACAAUGUUAUCUACAUUCCAUGGUUUAAAUGGGGAAGAAAGGGAUGACAUGUCUUAA